CUGUUCAAAUCUGUCAAUAUCCUAGUGCUCCAGUUAUCUCAGAUCGCAAUAAUGGAAUAUUUAUUAGCACUUGUUCUUCUAGUUUCCAUGUGUUAUGCUAAAGUUGAAGUUGAAGAGGAAAGCUUCUUCCCUGAAUAUAUCCAUCCCUGCAAUUUUACUGAUGACGAUUUUGAAAAAUGUGUAAAGGAACAAAUAGAGGAGAGUCUACCAUAUUUCGCAAAGGGUAUUCCUGAGUAUUCGGUGCCGUCCAUAGACCCUGUGGAUUUGAACGACAUAGUCAUUGACGGGAAUGGGCUGAAACUAAAAUUCAGCGAUACCAAAAUGCAUGGUCUCGCCGGCCUAAAGCUAACGGAUUUAAAGAUUCAGUUGGGUGGUGAUAACGAAUCAUUCACUCUAUCAUUGAAGGGAAAUUUAAGUUUAACUGCCCAAUACAAUGCAGAUGGAAGAAUUUUGAUACUCCCAAUCAAAGGUGAAGGAGAUGCAUUCAUCAACUGCUAUAACAUCGAAGUUAACAUAAGCAGCAAUCUGACACACGUGAAGGGCAAAGACGAUAAGGAGCAUUUAAAGUUGUUAGCGCCGAAAUACAAGUAUGAUAUUGAGUCCACAACUUUCGAUUUGAAGAAUUUGUUUAAUGGCAAUAAAAAAUUGGCGGAAACAACACUGCAAUUCGCUAACGAAAACUGGAGUCAACUCAUGGACGAUCUUGCCCCUCCCGUGGUAAAGCAGAUUGUUAAAACCAUAGUCAAAACUAUCAACAAAUUCCUCUCCAAAGUAACCAUUCCACGCAUCAUCAUCGGCUACAAAGAGAGACUAUAAUGUUACUUCUAUUUGUUACGAUAUUUUAAUAUGAUCUCCAUUAUAAUAAUAAUAAUAAUAGUUGUUUAAUUCAGGUAAAACCA